CGGCUGUAAUCACCGAAGGCACGGUCGGAAUCUUCUUGAAAUUCUUAUUGCAGACAAUUUCCUCUGCACCCAAUUGCGCUACAGUAACGGAAGUAUUGUUAUUCGGCCAUGGAGGCCUCGAAUGUGGAGGGAUCAGUGAAGGUAGACGAGAAACCCAGGGUUCAAGGGGCUGCUGCCAAUCAAUGUUCUGUGUGUCUCGAAGCUGUUGUUGUGGAUGCUGCAAAGCGUUCUGUUGCCAAGCUCAAGUGUGGGGAUUAUUUUCACCUUGACUGCAUUGGAUCUGCAUACAAUGCAAAGGGGAUUAUGCAGUGCCCAAAUUGCAGAGACAUUGAAGAUGGUCAGUGGGUUUAUGCGAAUGGGGGUGGUUUGCCAGAUGAUAGUCCAUUUGAAGAGAUGGGUUAUGAAGAUGGUGACUAUGAUAUUUAUGGUGGUGUAUCAGAGUUUCUCUUUUCACAUGAGCAUAUCGGAACUACAAAUUGGUGCCCUUAUCCAGGUUCAUCGUAUUCACACUUUUCUGUUUCAUUAGAAGGAAUUGAUCCUUCGGCAAGUGGUUGUCCUGAUUUACUUGUCAAUGUUGUUUGUGGAAACUUGCCACCCUCAUUUCCCUUUGGUCCUGGUAAUGAUUCUAGGCCAUCAAGGUAUCAUCUUGGUUAUGAAUCUAUGAUUGGAGCUUUGCAGCAUCAUGUUCAGAAUGAGUCUCUUGGUGCUGAGGUUGCUGGUAUUCAAGGUUUUACAUCUCCAGAUGGACGGCAGUGGUCUCAUCAUAUACUGCCAAUGCCAAGUUCUAUGUCGUCGGAUACUGCCAGCUCAUCAAGAUUAAUUCCAGUCAACGAGAGGUCUUGUCCAUAUCGAAUGCCAACUGAUACAGGGGCACAGCAGAGGACUGCAGAUGUUUCAAAUGCUUCUACCAUCUGGUCCGAACCACCUGCACAGAACCAGUCUCAGGGUGGGAGAGGCCCUAUACCUCCUGCAAGAUCUAAUCGAAAUGCUUUAGGUACUUCAAGCAGUUGGAGUAAUAGAAGCCAUGGUGGAGCUGGAAGGACAGGACAUUCAAGUGAUUCUCAUGCACAAUUGCAAUGGGCGUUUGCAACUCCUAGUGGGGUUCAGGAUGGAAGAGCAAGCAUGCGAGAUACAAAUCGGCAGGGUGAUCACGGCAUACCUUGGAGUAGGGAUGGAUUUUCUGGAAAUCCUUGGGCUGUGCGAGAACCAGAGUACUUGAGGUGGGAUUCUGUCGCUUCUAGCAGUUCUCAUGCUGGCAUUUACCAUGGAGUACAUGGACUUGGAAAUGGUGCAUUCAGGACUCCAUCUGCUUUUUCUGGAUAUCCUUCUACUUUUCAACAUGAUGGAUCAGGGGAUGUUGGUUCUCAGUAUCCUCGGUCAACCACACGACCCGGAUAGGCAAUAUCAUUUUUUGAAUUAAGUCUUAAGAACUUUUAAAGACAAGACAGCUGCAUUUUGCAUAUUCAGCUGCAACAAGUAGGCUGGGAAAAUUCUUUUUCUGAAGCAUAUUCAGCUUUGAAGGCAAGUCGAUGAUUUUCCAAGAUGUUUGAUAUCUGUGUGGCCAGUGGGCGUUUUGGCUGUUCAAAUUAUUCACAAUAUGUCACAUCUCAAGCUAUUCUAGGGGUAAUAUCAUGCUCACAAUAUUUGAGGAGAGCUUUUCUUAAUGCUUAUGGUGAGGAUAUGCCAAAGUGCAAGGACAAAUUUGACAGGUAUUGAUGGGCUGCCUCUCUCUGUCUGUCAUUUUUGCUUUAUAAAUAUUUAUGGGACUCAUGAUCAAUGAGUCAAGGUUUCAUCUCUUUUUUAA